UGUGACGCAUUUCCUUUACCGGCAAAACUGUUUUGAUAACAACGGAAGUGGUAUUUUCAUCAUUCUUAUUUAAAGAUGGCUCUUGCUAAUGUUUUGCAGAGUGAGUUAGUAGACUUUUCAAACUAUGGUCGCAAACGUCGUGGCUUCGCCAGUGGUUUGUAUGAAACAGAGUUGGGUUUGGGGUCUGUAGGGGGAGAUAGCCUGUCUUUCGCUGUGAGAACCGCCUGCUCUGACGGAGAUGGGCCAGAAAGAAAGAUAGAAUUCCUUCAUGGCACAACCACAUUAGCCUUCAAAUUCCAGCAUGGCGUGAUCGUGGCGGUGGACUCCAGGGCCACAGCAGGCGCCUACAUCGCCUCCCAGACAGUGAAGAAGGUGAUAGAGAUCAACCCCUACCUGUUGGGCACAAUGGCUGGAGGGGCUGCUGACUGCAGCUUCUGGGAGCGCCUGCUGGCCCGCCAGUGCCGCGUCUACGAGCUCCGCAACAAGGAGCGCAUCUCUGUGGCAGCCGCCUCCAAGCUACUGGCCAACAUGGUGUACCAGUACAAAGGCAUGGGCCUCAGCAUGGGAACCAUGGUGUGUGGCUGGGACAAGACUGGACCAGGCCUCUACUACGUGGACUCUGAGGGGAACCGUGUCUGCGGGGACCUGUUUGCUGUGGGAUCUGGCUCCAUGUACGCAUAUGGCAUCGUGGACAGCGGUCUGAAGCAGAAGGACCUGACUGUGGAGGAGGCCUGUGAUCUGGGCCGCAGGGCCAUCUACCAGGCCACUUACCGCGACGCCUACAGUGGAGGACAGGUCAACUUGUACCACGUACACAGUGAGGGCUGGAACAGGGUGUCCCAGUCAGAUGUCUUAAUGCUGCAUCAACAGUACCAGGCAGAGAAGGCAUAGGAGGGGGAGGGAUAAAGAAUGAUAGCCAGAGGGACCAUUCAGUUUAUAAAAAAGUGUUUACACACAUCCAAACUUGGCACAGUAUCUGGUCUAUUGAAAAAGGACCUUUUUAAAGAAUAUAAGUAACCUUGCUGUCACUACACGUUCCAUACUGUGCCUGGGAUAAAGGCAUGUUCCUUCUGUUAACCAGUGGCUUUGCUGACUUAACUCAGAUUUCUUUCCUUUUGACUGCUCUAAAGUUUUCAAUAAAUGUUCUCAUUCAUUCUCA